CCUUCCUCCCAGUAUUGCACCACCCACUUCUACUUGGCUAACUAUACAAUAGUUUAGGGUGUCUUUGACUUUAAGCAAAUAUGGCAAAGGCUCUAGCAUUAACAACCCUUCUCCAUGUCCUCAACCUUCUAUUUUUCACUUUGGUGAGCGCCAAUCUUGUCCCUUCCCCACCACUAGAAUUCAAGGACGAAAAACACCACAAGCGCUGCCCAAGGAAUACCGUAAAGUUUGGUGUCUGCGCAGGCGUGUUGGGUGGUUUGGGGCAAGUUGUAGCUGGAGGUCCACCAAAGACCCCUUGCUGCGGUAUCCUCGACGGUUUGAUUGAUCUUGAAGCCGCUGUUUGCCUUUGCACUGCCAUUAAAGCAAAUAUCCUCGGCGUUAACCUCAACUUGCCCGUUUCAUUGAGCUUGGUUCUCGAUUAUUGUGGAAGGAAAGCUCCAUCUGGCUUCGACUGCCCUUAAAUCAACCUCUAUCUGUCAUCAAUUAAUUUGUUUCAAGCUAUUGUUCACUUUACAUAUUCUACUAUUUGUGAUGUUCGGACUGUUGUUGUUAUAUUUCCAUUAACGUUCAUUAAUAAAUUUUGUGUGGUUCUCAUCUUCUCUUCGA